UAAAAAUGAUAGAAAGUGAUUACAUGUUCGAUGUUCAAUACUAUAAUGCUACAGUUUAAUAAUAACAACUAUUGAUUAGGUUUUCUCAUUUGUUGAACUAUUACAAUAUUAUUUUGAACGUUUAAGUAUAGAUACAUGUAAUUUAUACACUUAAAUUUCAUUCAAUUAUGUUACGGAGUUUUAAAAAUUAUCAUUUAUGCAAUAUGGCUCGGAAAAAACACACCGGGAAAGUGAUAGCCAUACGAAGAGAAGAUCAAUCAGUAUGGGAAAGGAGAGCUCCGUUCGCCCCAACCAACGUGGCAGAAUUAACCAGAAACGGCGUCAAAGUAAUCGUCCAACCGGCAAAUAGGAGAGCUUAUCCUGUUCAAGCAUAUGUAAACGCCGGAGCAGUGAUACAAGAAGACAUCGCUGAGGCGUCCGUGGUAUUUGGUGUGAAACAAGUGCCGGUGGAUUUGUUAUUACCGAACAAAACGUAUUGCAUGUUCUCACAUACGAUCAAAGCUCAAGAAGCAAAUAUGGCACUUCUAGAUGCGAUUUUAGAAAAAAACAUACGAUUAAUAGAUUAUGAAAAGUUAAUGGAUUCGUCCGGCAACAGGGUGGUAGCUUUUGGGAAAUACGCUGGCAUUGCCGGCAUAAUAAAUAUUUUACACGGUUUGGGAUUGCGAUUGCUGGCUUUAGGACAUCACACGCCACUAAUGCAUAUAGGACCUGCCCACAAUUAUCGGAAUUCGAUGAUGGCCAAACAAGCGUUAAGGGACGCUGGAUAUGAGAUCGCGUUGGGCAUGAUGCCUAAAUCUAUCGGACCGAUUACAUUUGUCUUCACAGGAUCAGGAAACGUAUCUCAGGGUGCUCAAGAAAUAUUCCGUGAGCUACCCCACGAGUACGUGCCGCCGUCUACGCUAAAAAAAGUGGCCGAACACGGAAUGAAUACAAAGUUUUAUUCGUGCGUGGUCACGCGUAAAGAUUAUUUGGAAAGGAUCGAAGGUGGAGGAUACGACCAAGAAGAGUAUGAACAGUAUCCGUCCAGGUACAAAUCUACGUUCAACAAAAAGAUCGCUCCGUACGCUUCAGUAAUCAUUAACGGGAUAUAUUGGGCUCCGGAUUGUUCCAAGCUGCUGACGGUACCGGACGCCAAAACCUUACUUUCUCCGUCCCAACUUCCGUGGAUACAAAUAUCCGAAGGCGCCCCAGGACUACCACACAGGUUACUCGGCAUCUGCGACAUAUCUGCCGACCCUGGUGGUUCCAUCGAGUUCAUGAACGAGUGCACGACUAUCGAUAAUCCGUUUUGCCUGUACGACGCGCAUUUACAUAAAGACACUAAAAGUUUCAGAGGCUCGGGUGUGUUGGUCUGCUCCAUAGAUAAUAUGCCGACGCAGUUACCAAUGGAAUCGACCGAUCUGUUCGGGAAUUUAGUACUUCCGUACGCCAUGGAUAUACUUCAAUCGGACGCCACUGUACCGCUGGAGGAGCAUGCUUUUUCGCCAACGGUUUUAGGGGCUAUUAUUGCUAGCAAUGGGUCUCUGACAGAACGAUUUGAAUACAUUAAAGAGUUGCGGUUGGCCAAUAAAUUCUCAUCAAAUAAGUCUUCCACCAUUGAUAAUACUGGAAAACGAGUACUGGUCCUAGGUUCUGGCCACGUGUGCGCACCUUUAAUCGAAUAUCUGUUGAAAGACGAAUCGAUAAUAAUCGUACUCGGCUCCGCGAACCUGUGUGAAGCUAACAACUUGGCACACAAGUUUAAUAGAGUAAAACCCGUACAUAUAAACAUAUUGGAAGAAGAAGUUAAUUUAGAAAAACUCGUGAGUCAAACAGAUUUGGUGGUAUCGCUACUCCCCAGCCAAUUCCACCACUUGGUCGCUGAACAGUGCAUAAAAAUGAAAAAAAACAUGGUGACGGCUUCGUACUGUUCAGAACAGAUGUCAGAGUUGCACGACAGAGCUGUCGAGGCUGGCAUAACCGUAGUCAACGAAGUCGGCUUGGAUCCGGGCAUCGAUCACUUAUUAGCAAUGGAAUGCAUCGAUCAAAUACACGAAGAGGGCGGUAAAAUUGAUUCGUUUGUUUCGUACUGCGGAGGUCUACCGGCUCCAGAGUAUUCAAACAACCCAUUGAGGUACAAAUUCUCGUGGUUCCCUCGUGGAGCGCUCAUCAACACCAUGUCUGAAGCCAAAUAUCUGCGAAAUCACCAGACAGUCAACGUUCCUGCGGGCGGCGCACUAAUGAGCACUACAACAGAACUCGAUUUCUUGCCCGGGUUUUCAUUCGAAGGCUUCCCGAACCGAGAUAGCACCCGAUACGCCCAGCUUUACGGUAUCGCCGCAGAAGUGCAGACCAUGCUCAGGGGCACGAUACGGUACAAAGGUUUUUCCGAGAUGAUGAUGGUACUUCAAAAACUGCAUCUUAUCGAGACCAAAGACCACGCGGCCCUACACCCAAAUGGACCGGACAUCACGUGGCGUCAGUUGAUAUGCACACUGUUAGAGAUCAAUGACAUCGACUUAUUCUACGAGAAUAUACUGUCGAAAGUAGCGGAUAAAGUCGGUAAGCAGUUCUUGGACAAAAUCGUGGAUCUUGGACUGUUGACGGACGAACCGGUUUUGAAACUCGGUUCGCCGUUGGAUACGUUUUCCCAAUUCAUCGCGUCGAAACUCUCAUUAAGCAAAAGCGAAAGGGACCUGGUAGUAUUGUAUCACGACAUUGGAGUUUUGUGGCCGGGUAAUAGGUACGAAAAAAAAUUAGUUACCCUCGUGUCGUACGGCGAGGUUGGUGGAUACACAGCGAUGGCGAAAACCGUGGGCAUACCGACGGCGAUCGCGGCUAACAUGGUCCUUCAAGGGGAAAUACAAGCUAAGGGCUUGGUGUUGCCGUUCACGCCAGACAUUUAUAGACCCAUGUUGACGAGAUUAAGGAUUGAAGGGAUUUCGGCCCAAACUACGAACGUACCAUGUUGAUCUAAUUUGUUCUUCAUAACAAAAUACAUGAGAUUUAUGAUAUGUAUUAUUUUCAAAUAUGGUUUCAUAAAACAUUUUAUAAUUAUUCACUUUGGACUUUUACGCUAUAUACCAUUAUGGUUUUUAUGAAAUAAUUGUAACGUUAAGUAACAACAAUACAAAUAUAGAUCCUGUGAAAAAAUAAA